AAAUAGAUGACAGUACUACAAAGCCACGAGCUGGAGUAUUUAAGAGGCAGCAUUUCAAAGCCAUCAUAACAUAUCUAACCUGGACCCAGGGCUGUCUGAGUUGACACAGGAACGUGCUCCACUAAUUUAAAGCAAUGUACAGUGGCAUCUGCAUCUUUGUGGUCCUGGCUGUCCUCUCAGCAAAUUCCUUCGGACAGCAGACUCCCGAGUUCAGUCAUGGUAACCCAGCAGCGGAGGAACUGGAGCAGAGUCUGACAGAAUACCACCGCCAUGCCCGGGCUCCACUCUCAGCCAGCCAAAGAGUCAAUCCUCAGGUCUUGUUGGCCAGAUUUAUCCAGCAAGCCAGGAAAGGGUCUUCUGAGAGAAAGCCAGUCUUCAAAAAGCCCAAGAAGAUGGAUCCCACUCAGAGGAUAACUGACAGGGACUACUUAGGCUGGAUGGAUUUUGGGCGCCGCAGUGCAGAGGAAUAUGAUUACUCCUCCUAAAAGCGCCAGGCCCUCCCCAAGUGGGCCAGCAAAUUGUGGUUCGUCGAGAAGGAAAAAACAAUUAAAAAUAAUUUUUGUCGUCUCUGCAGAUUUGGUGUUCUAAAAUUGUAUUUAGGAAAUUCUUGGUGUGAAAAUCCGUCCCUGAAACUAACCGGUGCAGAUGUAGGGGUUUCCAAAAUAUGUUUAAAAAAUGUUUCCUGACUUCUGUUUUCUGAUUCUGCCCUGCUGAUCCGAUAUUAAAAUGAUUUCACUUCUCUGUCUUGUCCUGUAGCCAGUGGAUGUUUCACAACAAAUUGCAGCAGGUCACUUUCCCUGAACAUUCCUGCCAGCGAGUGUUAGUGCUCGAAGAUGACAUAGAGAGGUUCCCACUCCGGCAAAGAGCCAGAAAGACUGAAAACCCCAAGCCUGUACUUGUCUCAUUUGGUUACUGGGGAAUUAGAAGUCAUUAAGCUUCAACUCUCCGCAGACUGCUCUGCUUCUCAUGAAGUUUGAGUGCUUUAAGUACUCUUACCAUUUGCUUGGCUCUUUAUUCCCCCUUCCUUUUCCGUGGUGACCUUAUAUGUGACCAUUCUGCUAACUGCUACAAUUCAUGGAAUAAAUGGAAUGUUCCCUGC